CUGACCCAGGGGUGCCCUUGGAGGGAUUCCCCAGGGAGGGGACCCAGCUCCCGGAAGCCCACGUGGGGCUCCCUCCCCUGCUCUGCUGCCUGGGAGUAGAGAGGCCCUUUGGGGCUGGCUCCCUCUCUUCACCCUCCUCUCUCUGCCUCUCCUCCCCAUGUGCCCUCCUGCAUCCCUCCGUCCCGGUCCCGGUGGCUCACCUGCCCUCCUCCAUCCAUCUCCCUUUUUCUGCCUUCCCUGUCCUCCUGGUCUCCCCCCUUGGCCUCACUCCCCCUGGCUUGUUCUUUUUCCUUGCUUUGCCCUCUUGGCUUUGUGUUCAGGAUCCUUCUCCUUGUUCAGGCUCUCCGGCCCCACCUGUCAUUCUGUCUCCCACUCUCCUUGCCUGUCAGCUCUGCUUCACUCCCUAAGCCCCUUCUCCAGUCUCCCUUCAGACCCCCUCUCACCUUCUGCAGUGCCAGCACUCCCUGGUCACCUGCCCUCGGGGGGCCCCCCUCCCUUGGGAGAACUCUCAGCUCUGACUCCUCCUCUGCCCCUCCCCCUGCCCUGCUCACCUUUAAUUGAGAUGCUAAUGAGGCUUCAGUCGCUUCCAUCCCCAGCAGGCGGGCAGGCUCCCUGGCCCGGCUGCUGCACCUGUCAGCCUACCCAGGGGCUCAUGAAGGGAGACAAGCAUGAGGAGCAGGAGCUGGGCUCUGAACCCACGGCCCCCCAGCAGCCCACGGAGGAGGAGGAGGCCCUUAUCGAGUUCCACCGCUCCUACCGAGAGCUCUUCGAGUUCUUCUGCAACCACACCACCAUCCAUGGCGCCAUCCGCCUGGUGUGCUCCCAGCACAACCGCAUGAAGACGGCCUUCUGGGCUGUGCUCUGGCUCUGCACCUUCGGCAUGAUGUACUGGCAGUUCGGCCUGCUGUUCGGAGAGUACUUCAGCUACCCCGUCAGCCUCAACAUCAACCUCAACUCCGACAAGCUCGUCUUUCCCGCCGUUACCAUCUGCACCCUCAACCCCUACAGGUACGCGAAAAUUAAAGAGGAGCUGGAGGAGCUGGACCGCAUCACAGAGCAGACGCUCUACGAUCUGUACAAAUACAACUUUUCCAACACCCUCGUGGCCCAUCCCCGCGGCCGUCGCGACCUCGGGGAGACCCUGCCGCACCCCCUGCAGCGCCUGCCGGGCCCGGCCCCGCCCCACGAGGCCCGCAGAGCCCGCAUGGCUUCCAGCGUGCGGGACAACAAUCCCCAAGUGAACAGGAAGGACUGGAAGAUCGGCUUCCAACUGUGCAACCAGAACAAAUCGGACUGCUUCUACCAGACAUACUCGUCAGGGGUGGAUGCGGUGCGGGAGUGGUACCGCUUCCACUAUAUCAACAUUCUGUCGCGACUGCCGGUGGACGCCUCUGUGUCCCUAGAGAAGGACCAACUGGACAACUUCAUCUUCGCCUGCCGCUUCAAUCAGGUCUCCUGCAACCAGGCGAAUUACUCCCACUUCCACCACCCGAUGUAUGGGAACUGCUACACUUUCAAUGACAAGAACAACUCCAACCUCUGGAUGUCUUCCAUGCCUGGGAUCAACAAUGGUUUGUCCCUGACGCUGCGCACAGAGCAGAAUGACUUCAUCCCACUGCUGUCCACGGUGACUGGGGCCAGGGUAAUGGUGCACGGGCAGGAUGAGCCUGCCUUUAUGGAUGAUGGCGGCUUUAACUUGCGGCCUGGUGUGGAGACCUCCAUCAGCAUGAGGAAGGAAACCCUGGACAGACUUGGGGGUACCUAUGGUGACUGCACCAAGAAUGGCAGCGACAUCCCCGUCCAGAACCUUUACGGGUCCAAAUAUACACAGCAGGUGUGCAUUUACUCCUGCUUCCAGGAGAACAUGAUCAAGGAGUGUGGCUGUGCCUACCUCUUCUAUCCGCCACUCCCGGGUGUGGACUUCUGUGACUACAGGAAGCAUAAUUCCUGGGAUGAGCAAGCUGAGGACGUGACGUCCCAGGACGUGCUGAGCUACUGUUACUAUAAGCUCCAGGAUGCCUUCGCCUCCAACCGCCUGGGCUGUUUCACCAAGUGCCGGAAGCCAUGCAGUGUGACCAGCUACCAGCUCUCUGCCGGUUACUCACGAUGGCCCUCAGUGACAUCCCAGGACUGGGUCUUCCAGAUGCUAUCCCUACAGAACAAUUACACCAUCAAUAACAAAAGAAAUGGGGUCGCCAAACUCAACAUCUUCUUCGAGGAGCUGAACUACAAAACCAAUUCUGAGUCUCCCUCUGUCACGAUGGUCACCCUCCUGUCCAACCUGGGCAGCCAGUGGAGCCUGUGGUUUGGCUCCUCGGUGCUGUCUGUGGUAGAGAUGGCUGAGCUCAUCUUUGACCUCCUGGUCAUCACAUUCCUCAUGCUGCUCCGGAGGAUCCGAAGCCGAUACUGGUCUCCUGGCCGAGGGCGCAGGGGUGCCCGGGAGGUGGCCUCCACUCCAGCGUCCUCCCUCCCUGCCCAUUUCUGCCCCAACCCCGCGUCCCCCUCCUCCUCCCCACCAGGCCCUGCUGCCUCCCCGGCCCUGACAGCCCCUCCACCUGCCUAUGCCACCCUGGGCCCCUGCCCAUCUCUUGCCAGCUCGGCGGGGGCCAGCUCUUCUGCCUGUACUCCAGGGGAGCCCUGAAGAGAAGGAGAAUGUCCCCCAAAAGGCAGGCACUUCCCCUGAUGGGAGGGGACCAGCCUUGGCAAGAUUAAAGAAUUUUGGGAUUCCUCUUGGAGCUGCCCAGCUGCCUUUAAUGUGGGGGAGGGAAGCAGGAUGGAUGAGGGGCGAUAGAAGUUGCCUGGAGAAUAGGGGCCAAGGCAGCUGCCCAGAACUCCCUGGCUCCUGCCCUGUAGCCCCUGGUCCUGCCUCUAGAACCCUCUGCUUUCCCUUCCCAAGUGCAGACAAGUCUCCUUUUCCCUUGGAGCGGUCAAGCCAAACUUGGAGCUUUGACAAGGAACUUUCCUAGGAAACAACAGCCGACCAGAACAAAACAAACAAGGGCACGCAAAGGCAUGCACGGGUCUCCUACCCAGAGACGACUGAAGCCAGCCCCACGCUGGCCUGGCCACACUGCUUUCCAGGGACACAGACGUGUGCUCCUCUUCUUGAACUUGGGUGGGGAACCCCACCCAAAAGCCCCCUUGGUUAGUUCUUGGGCAGUUCCCCUUCCCUGACUCCCCAGGGCAGGGGCUGGAGCAGACCAAUAUAUUAAGAAGGCUUGGCCAUUCCUACUUGGCCCCAGGACUUUUCCAGCCUCAUCUACCCGGUGCCCCCCAGAGCCACACCCCAGCACCUGUGCCCUGUGUUCUUGAUUCCUCUGCAUAUUUGCUCAAGUUAUUUCCUCAGCCUGGAAGCUUCCCCCACCAUCUGCUGGAGAACUCCUAUGCAUCCCUUAGAACCCUGCUCAGACACCACCACUAUGGAGGCUUCUGCCCCAUCUUGUCUUCCCUGGAACUGAUCACUCCCCUCUCCUCUGGACUCCCAUAGCACACCAUAACAUCUGUUGGAGUGCUGAUGUUGCAUUACACUUUCUUGUUCAUUUGUGUCUGCCUCCCCAGCUAGAGUGCGAGCUCUUUGUGGUCAGGGACUGAGUCUUGUUCAUUUAUGUAUCCUCAGGGUCUAGCCCAGUGUCCUGCUUGGAGCAAGUAGGCAGGUCAUCAAUAAAUGUUUGUUGCAUAAAGAA